AUGGGUGGACGCAAGGGCUGGAGGGGAGCCCAGGCACAGCUGGAUGGCAUCUGUCUGGGCCGGUGCCGGCAUCACGGGACGCGGGGCGCGGGGACGGACACGACGGAGUUCGGCCUGGACGCGCUCGGCUCGGGCAGCGAGGUGAUCCGUGCCAUCCGGAUCAAGAACGCUGACCCGGAGGAGCUGAAGCGAGUGGCCUCCCAGCCAACCAGCGACUUCUUCUUCUUCGUCUGCAUCCUCAUCACGGACGGGAAGUCCCAGGACCUGGUGGACACAGCUGCCCAGAGGCUGAAGGGCCAGGGGGUCAAGCUGUUCGCCGUGGCCGACGUCUCGCCCUCUGGCCCGCGGGACCUGGUGCUGUCCGAGCCCAGCAGCCAGUCCUUGCGGGUGCAGUGGACAGCGGCCAGCGGCCCUGUCAGCGGCUACCAGGUCCAGUACACGCCCCUGACAGGCCUGGGCCAGCCGGUGCCCAGCGAGCGGCGGGAGGUGCGCGUUCCGGCCGGCGAGACCAGCACGCGGCUGCAGGGCCUCCAGCCGCUGACCGAGUACCAAGUGACCGUGGUCGCCCUCUACGCCAACAGCAUCGGGGAGGCCGUGAGCGGGACGGCGCGGACCACACCGCCCUCCCCCUGUGCCUCUCCCACAUCCCGGGUCUCACAGACGCCCCUGCUUCCCGCUGCUCCUUUAGGGGUGGAGAGGACCCAGGUGCUUCCUGGGAGUCAGACAACCUUUGACUUGGAUGACGUCCGAGCGGGGCUGAGCUACAUCGUGCGGGUGUCCGCUCGAGUGGGCGCCCGCGAGGGCAGUGCCAGCACCCUCACUGUCCGCCGGGAGCAAGAAACCUCACUGGCUAUCCCAGGGCUGCGGGUCGUGGCGUCGGAUUUAACCCGCGUGAGGGUGGCCUGGGGACCGGUGCCUGGAGCCAGUGGCUAUCGGAUUAGCUGGAGGACAGACAGUGGCCCAGAGGCCAGCCGGACACUGUCCCCGGAUUCCACUAGCAUGGACAUCACGGGGCUGCGGCCUGGCACCUCCUACCGGGUGUCUGUGUCGGCCCUGCGCGGGAGAGAGGAGGGCCCUGCUUCCGUCACCAUCGCACGCACUGACCCACUGGGCCCAGUGAAGACCGUCCAUGUGACUCAAGCCAGCAGCUCCUCUGUCACCAUUGCCUGGAGCUCGGUUCCUGGCGCCACAGGAUACAGGGUCUCCUGGCACUCAGGCUAUGGCCCGGAGAAAUCCCAGCUGGUGUCUGGGGAAGCCACGACUGCCGAGCUGGACGGGCUGGAGCCGGACACAGUGUACACAGUGCGCGUGUGGGCCCACGUGGCCGGUGUAGAGGGGACCCCCACUUCUGUGGUUGUGAGGACGGACCCCGAGCCCGUGGGCAGCGUGUCCGAGCUGCAGAUCCUCAACGCGUCCAGAGAUGUCCUGCGGGUCACCUGGGUGGGCGUCCCCGGAGCCACCGCCUACAGACUGGCGGGCGGCCAGGACCAGUCUCGGGUCCUGGGGCCCGAGCUCAGCGGCUAUGAACUGGACGGGCUGGAGCCCGGGACCCGGUACCACGUGUGGCUGAGUGUCCUGUGGCCUUCCGGGGAAGGGCCCCCCACGGAGGUGACCGCGCAAACGGAGUCACUUCGAGUCCCGGGCACUGAGCUGCGUGUGGUGGACACUUCAGUCGACUCGGUGACUCUGGCCUGGAGCCCGGUGCCUGGAGCAUCCAGCUACAUCCUAGCGUGGAGGCCACUUGGGGGCCGAGAAGUGCCCGGGGCCUCACAGACACUGCCCAGCACCUCGAGCUCCCAGCGGGUGACAGGCUUAGAGCCUGGCAUAGCCUACGUCUUCUCCCUGACGCCUGUCCAGGAGGGUGUCCAGGGUCCGCCGGCCUCGGUCACACAGAGCCCAGCGUGUCCCCGAGGCCUGAUGGACGUGGUGUUCCUGGUACACACCACGCGGGACAGUGCCCAUCGCUCAGCCGCCGUGAAGGCAGCCCUGGAGCGUCUGGUGUCCGCACUUGGGCCUCUCGGGCCACAGGCGGUCCAGGUGGGCCUCCUGUCCUACAGUCACCGGGCCUCCCCGCUGUUCCCGCUGAACGGCUCCCAUGACCUCGGCGUCGUCCUGCAGAGGAUCCGCGACAUCCCCUACCUGGACCCCAGUGGGAACAACCUGGGCGCAGCCGUGGCCUCAGCCCAGAGAUACCUGUUGGCACCAGAUGCUGCCGGACGCCGCGGGCAGGCGCCGGGGGUGAUGGUUCUGUUAGUGGACGAGCCCUUGAGAGGCGACAUCUUCCACUCCAUCCGUGAGGCCCAGGCUGCUGGGCUCCAAGUGAUGGCCCUGGGCCUGGCGGGGGCUGACCUGGAGCAGCUGCGUCGCUUGGCGGCGGGCACGGGCCCUGUGCAGACCUUCUUCGCUGUGGACGACGGGCCCAGCUUGGACCGGGCAGUCAGUGGUCUGGCAGCAGCCCUGUGCCAGGCAGCCUCUGCCCCGCAGCCACAGCCCUGCACGGUGCAAUGUCCGAAGGGCCAGAAGGGGGAGUCUGGAGAGAUGGGUCUAAAAGGACGAGACGGGCCCCCCGGCCCCCCCGGCCUCCCGGGCAGGGUCGGCCCUCCUGGCCCCCAGGGGCCCCCGGGGAGUUCCCUGGCGAAGGGCGACAGGGGCUCCCCUGGGGUGGAUGGGGCUCCAGGCAGCCCUGGCCUCCCUGGGAUUCCUGGGACGCCUGGCCCGAAGGGCUCCCCAGGGGGGCCCGGCCUUCGUGGAGAUCCGGGAGAGCGAGGACCUCGAGGCCCAAAGGGGGAGCCGGGAGAGCCCGGCCGAGUGACGGGGGGCGAUGGCCCAGGCCUUCCUGGACCUCCGGGCCCUCCUGGAUCUCAGGGCCCAUUGGGGGACCCAGGACCUCGGGGUCCCCCAGGACCUCCUGGAACAGCUGUGAAGGGUGACAAAGGCGACCGUGGGGAGCGGGUAAGCGAGAGCGGGGAUCCCGGGCUGCCGGGUCUCCCUGGAAGCCCCGGACCCCAAGGCCCCGCGGGCACCCCUGGGGAGAAAGGAGAGAAGGGGGACUGUGAGGAUGGAGCCCCAGGCCUCCCAGGACCGCCCGGGUCCCCGGGUGAGCCGGGCCUCCGCGGACUUCCUGGAGACGUUGGCUCCCGAGGCGACCGGGGGCUGCCAGGGGCUGUGGGUGAGACUGGAGAGAAGGGCCAACGUGGACCCCCUGGCCCGGUGGGACCCCAGGGGCUGCCAGGAGUCGCUGGGCACCCGGGCGGACCUGCUGGUGGGGGCGUCAAAGGAGAGAAGGGAGAAGUGGGGCCCAGAGGCGCUGUGGGAGCCAAAGGGGAGCCGGGCCCUCCUGGCUUGGCUCUUCCGGGAGACCCCGGCCCCAAGGGCGACCCUGGGAGCCGGGGCCCCAUCGGCCUCACUGGCAGAGCUGGACCCCCGGGUGACGCGGGGCCACCUGGAGAGAAGGGCGACCCUGGGCGGCCCGGCCCCCCAGGACCUGUCGGCCCCCGAGGAAGAGACGGCGAAGUUGGAGAGAAAGGCGACGAGGGCCCGCCGGGGGACCCAGGUUUGCCUGGAAAAGCUGGCGAGCGCGGCCUGCGGGGGCCACCGGGAGCUCGGGGGCCUGUGGGUGAGAAGGGAGACCAGGGAGAUCCCGGAGAAGACGGGCGGAACGGCAGCCCCGGACCCUCUGGGCCCAAAGGGGACCGUGGGGAGCCGGGGCCCCCAGGACUCCCUGGACGGCUGGUGGACACGGGAGUCGGAGCCAGAGAGAAGGGCAUCGCUGGACUUCGGGGGGCCCCAGGCCCACAGGGGGACCCCGGCGCUCGCGGCCCCGCAGGAGACAAGAAUGGGCUGGACGGGAAGCCGGGAGCCACUGGCCCCCCGGGGCUGCACGGUGCUCCGGGCAAAGCUGGGGACCCCGGGAGAGACGGGCUUCCGGGCCUCCGAGGAGAACAGGGACCUCCCGGCCCCCCCGGCCUCCCUGGACCACUGGGAAAGCCGGGCGAGGACGGCAAGCCAGGCCUGAAUGGGAAACACGGAGAAGCUGGGGACCCCGGCGAGGACGGGAGGAAGGGAGAGAAGGGAGAGGCGGGCGCCCCCGGCAGAGAAGGUCACGAUGGCCCCAAGGGUGACCGCGGAGCCCCUGGGAGCCCUGGCCUCCCCGGCCCCCCGGCCUCCCCUCGGGAGCCUGGGCAAGGGGGACACGCCAGGCGGGGCUCCCAGUGGCCUUGCGCCCUCAACCCGGGGCUGAGGGCCCUGGAGGAAGGCCGGGGAGCGGGCAUGGAGGCCAAUCCCAGCGUGAAGGGAGGGGCAGGGCUGUCUCCCGCCGGCACCCCCUCACCCAGUCUGUGUUUCCAGAAUGUGGAGCGGCUGCUGGAAAACAUUGGGAUCAAGGUGGACGUGGACAAGCCAGGUCCUGGGCCCUCUGGGGAGCAAGGGCCCCCUGGACUCAAGGGCGCGAAGGGUCUGCAAGGUCCACGGGGGACCCCUGGCCCAGCGGGUGGCCACGGAGACCCUGGACCACCCGGGGCCCCGGGUCUCGCUGGCCCCGCGGGGCCGCAGGGGCCGUCGGGGCUGAAGGGGGAGCCCGGUGCUGCGGGGAUUCCCGGAGAGCCGGGAUCCCCAGGAAAGGACGGAGCCCCCGGCGUCCGCGGAGAAAAAGGAGAGAUGGGCUUUGUGGGUCCCCGGGGCCUCAAGGGCGAGCGUGGGCUGAAGGGCGCCUGCGGCCUGGACGGAGAGAAGGGCGAUAAGGUACAGGGGGGACGGGCGUGGGCGGCGGCAGGGCCUGCGGGCUGGGGCGACCGAGGCUUUGACGGGCAGUCAGGGCCCAAGGGUGACCAGGGCGAGAAAGGGGAGCGGGGCUUCCCAGGAAUUGGGGGCCUCCCAGGGCCCAGGGGCAGUGACGGUGCUAGUGGUCCCCCCGGGCCGCCGGGCAGUGUGGGCCCCAAAGGCUCGGAAGGACUCCAGGGCCAAAAGGGUGAGCGAGGUCCCCGUGGAGAGAGUGUGGUGGGUGCCCCCGGCGCCCCUGGGGCCCCCGGAGAGAGGGGGGAGCAGGGGCGGCCUGGACCUGCUGGCCCCCGAGGCGAGAAGGGAGAAGCUGCGCUGACAGAGGACGACAUUCGGGGCUUUGUGCGUCAGGAGAUGAGUCAGCACUGCGCCUGCCAGGGCCAGUUCCUCGCGUCUGGAUCCCGCCCCCUGCCCAGUUACGCGGACACCAGCAGCCGCCAGCGCCUCCCUGUGCUGCAGGUCUCUCACGCGGAGGAGGAAGACCGCCUGCCCCCCCCACCCCACCCCCCGACCUGA